UUUGAAGGAAAAAUAAAAACAAACGACACUAGAAUUCGCCAGUUAGAUCUAAGGGAGAAAAGGACAUGGGACCGACGCUCUUCCUCAAACGCUCACGUACCUUAUCAUCACCCCCUGCAUCAUUCAGCCAUCAAACGCAGUAACCCGAGGCCAAAAGCCCAAAACACCUUCUGCAGCAUCGCCAUGGCCACCCAGCCGGAGGAGCCCGACGUGGUCGUGUUCGAGGCUCCGGCCCACUUCCGCUUCUACAAGAGCGGCAAGAUAGAGCGCCUUCACCGACCUCCCUGCCUUCCCGCCGGCGUCGACGAGGCCACCGGCGUCACCUCCAAGGACGUCGUCCUCGACGCCGACACGGGCCUCUCCGUGCGCCUCUACCUUCCCAAGCUGCAAGAGCCCUCCAAGAAGCUCCCCGUCCUCGUCUUCUUCCACGGUGGCGGCUUCCUCAUCGAGUCGGCCGACUCCUCCACCUACCACAGCUACCUCAAUACCCUCGCCGCCGCAGCCGGCGUCCUCGUGGUGUCCGUCGACUACCGCCUGGCACCGGAGCACCCGCUGCCGGCGGCCUACGACGACUCCUGGGCCGCGCUACUGUGGGCGGCGUCAGCGCCAGAUGGCUGGCUCAGCGAGCACGGUGACACGGCCCGACUGUUCCUCGCCGGCGACAGCGCCGGGGCCAACAUCGUGCACGACAUGCUCAUGAGGGCGGGCUCGAACGGCGGGCCAAGAAUCGAGGGGGCGAUACUGCUUCACCCAUGGUUCGGCGGGAGCACGGCGAUCGAGGGGGAGCCCCCGGCCGCGGCCGCGAUCACCGGGAUGAUCUGGUGCUUCGCGUGCCCGGGGGCGGCCGGCGGCGCCGGCGCGGACGACCCGAGGCUGAAUCCGCUGGCGCCGGGCGCGCCGGCGCUGGAGAAGCUCGCGUGCGAGAGGAUGCUGGUGUGCGCCGGGCAGAAGGACGCGCUGGCGCCGAGGAACCGCGCGUACCACGACGCCGUGGCGGCGAGCGCGUGGCGCGGGAGCUUGGCGUGGCUCGAGUCGGAGGGGGAGGAUCACGUGUUUUUCCUCCAGAAGCCGGAGUGCGAGAAUGCCAAGCAGCUCCUGGACCGUGUCUUGGAGUUCAUAGCCGCCGGAUCUCCUCCCUAGUUAGUACUACCUAUUAUAUUCGCUUUCUUUAUAUAAUAUAUAAUGAAUUAAAAUUUAUGGUUAAAAUAA